UUGGCUUGUGUGGUUCUAAAAAUAAAGUUAGUUUCUUUUGACAAGUGGCUCCUGAUUGUGCCCAGCCAGACUGCGGCAUUUGGUGGCCCGUAUGGGGAAGUCUCAGUUUGCUGAGCCGUAAAAUAAAAAUGACCUUGCCCCAUCUUAUGGGGCUGAUGACAAGAACAUACUGUUUUUAUUGCAGGCAGAUGUGCGGAGGGUUUAGAAAGCACUUUUUUAUUUGGUUGAAAGUUUGUGCAUAAAGGUAAGAGGGGCUGCUGAUCUGUGGACCACAGAGGUGACCCAUGGCUGAGGCGGAACUGGAUAUCGGAGAGAAGUCAGCAGGUGAACAUAAGCAAGAAGGCACCAGUCCACACUCGACAAGUGCCCCAAGUGUUAAUGCCAAACCUAACAACACCUGCCUAGAGUUGGUGCUUAAAGUAAGAAUUCAGAGCCCCAAAGAAAAUGACUUCAUUGAAAUUGAACUGCACAGACAAGAGCUGAGUUAUCAAAACCUACUAAAAGUGAGUUGCUGUGAACUGGGGAUUAACCCAGAGCAAGUGGAGAAGAUCAGAAAGCUACCUAACACUCUGCUCAGAAAGGACAAAGACAUUCGAAGACUACAGGACUUUGAGGAAAUAGAACUCCUUUUAAUGAAAAAUGGAAGCUCUGAAUGGAUACAAUACACACCAUCUCUAACAGAAAAGUCCUGCUACAAUAGUAAGGCCGCAAAAAUGACUUAUUAACCCCCCAAAUUAAACAGGAAUCAUUAUUUUAUAAUGAUAAUGCUGGAUACACAUGAAAUUUGACUUCAUGUUUGAACUUUGGAAAAUAUAAUUCCUUAUCUCCAAAUUCUGAGCUGGGAGAAGAGUAAAUUCAAAAGGGCUUUGACUGUAAUCUCAGUUUCUUGGGAGGCUAAAGUAAGGCAAGAAGAAUAAGUUGGAGGCCAACCUGGGCAACUUAAAUAUAUCCUGUCUCAUAGUAAAGAGGGCUGGGAUGUGGCCCUUUGACAAACACAACUAUCACAUCCACACCAAAGCAAAUUAUUUUGUAGUGUUGCACCCCAAUCCUGAUUAGGAAUCAGUAUGCUUUGAUGAGAUUCAGCCAGAGCAAAUGACAGGGGUAUCCUUCAUGUGAACCCCAUUAAGGGCAGAGCAACAAUCCCUAUUUUUAAAAACACUUGACUUUCUUUUUGGGUGAUACUAGGGAUCCAAUGCAGAGCCUUGUGUAUGCUAGGCAAUUACAAUGAGCUACAUCCCCAGUCCUAUCUGCAUACUUUUAAACUUACCCAUAAAAUGGCACGAUUUAUAUAACCCAAGUAACUACCUUUAAGACUUUUUAAAAGAAAACUUACAGAAUAAUCAAGCAUAGCCCAAACCACUGAAUUCAGUCAAGUGAGAAGGAUAGCACAGCUGUUAACCUAACAUCUAUUUCCAAGGUCAGUUGUCAUCAAAUAUAUGCUAAGUUCCUCCCUACACUGCCUAGAAUCUGAAUCAACUCUUCUAGUUGACUUCUAGUACAACUACUUGUAUUUUGUUAAGCACUCAUUAGCUGCUCGCUUACCCACUUUUACUCACACACACUACACUACCACUUCUUUACAUAUCCAUAACUUCUACAGACUAUGAUGUCAUCUCUGAUCAUUACAGAAGAGGUAUACAUAAAUACCAAAGCUCCCUGUGGGCAAAUUCAAUGCUUUAAUUGGAUCUUCAGCAUAUGAAACUGGUCACUGUUUCUUUUUUACUUCUCAAAAGCUCAGUGAUGAUCAAGAGUGAGGAAGACAUAUAAGCAUUAUGCAAACACUUCUACCCAACUGUUCAAGAGGAAAUGGUUAAUGGUACAGGCUUGGGAAUCCCAUCCCACCAUUCAUGGAAUGUAAUGUUAAUGCAAUUUAACUGGCAUCCAUGGCUACAUCAAUGAAUGUAACUAAGCACCUA